GUGAGCAGCCUCCCUGCAAACCUGCUGCGGGCUCGGUGGCAGUCUCCACAAUGCUACAAUCGUGCAGGUUGGUGGUCUACACGCUGCUGGGGCUCGGGUCCCUGCUGGUGGGGGGGCUGCCCCUACCCUGCCCCUCCACCUGCCAGUGCUACGACACCUCCAAAAUCUUCUGCUCGGAGGAGAGGAUGCGGGAGAUCCCGGCGGGCCUGCCAGGGAACGCCACCCAGCUCUUCUUCGUGGAGACAGCCCUGAGAAGUGUCCGCAGCGGGGCUCUGGGCUCCAGUACCACCCUCACCAAGCUAGUCUUCCUCAACAACAACAUCCAGGAGCUGGAGGACGGUGCCUUUCAGGGGCUGCCCAGCCUCACGGAGCUGGAGGUGUCAGGCAAUCCCUUGCCGGCAGUCAGCCCCAGGGUGCUGGCGGGGCUGCCCAGCCUCAGCAAGCUCUCCCUGGGUGCCAAUGCUCUCCGCUCCCUGCAGCCAGGGUUCUUCUCUGCUGCCUGCCGCCUGCAGGACUUGCGUUUGCCGGGGAACAGGAUCGAGGCGCUGCCCCUCGGCAUCUUCCGCCCGCUCCGGUACCUCCAGACCCUGGACCUCUCGCAGAACGUCCUGACCGAGCUGCCGGCCGGGCUGUUGGCGCCCCUCACCGCCCUCCGCCUCCUCAAGCUCAGUGACAACCUGCUAGCGCGGGUGCCCCCCGGCGCUUUUGGGGCGCUGGGCAGGCUGGCCGAGCUCCACCUGGAUGGGAACCGGCUGGAGGAGCUGCCAGCCAGCGCCUUUGCGGGGCUGGGGGCGCUGCGGCGGCUGCAGCUGCAGCACAAUGCGCUGGGCACCCUGGCCCCUGACAUCUUCGCUGGUCUCCCCAACCUCACCGUCCUUAGCUUGGAGGGCAACCGCCUUGCCAGGCUGCCCAACACCCUCUUCACCGGCACCCUUCGCCUCCUCCACCUCUCGCUGGCUCGCAAUGAGCUGGAGAUGCUGCCCCAGGGACUCUUUGCCAACCUGUCUGCGCUGCAGACUCUGGUGUUGUCGCACAACUCCAUGGACCACCUCCCCGCCGGGGUUUUCCAGGGUCUGGUGGGACUGGCAACUCUGCAUCUGAGCCACAACAACCUCUCCAGCCUGCCGGCUGGGCUGCUGGCCGGGCUGCCCCUCCUCACUGCCCUGAUGCUGGACCACAACCGCCUGGCCCGCCUGCCUCCCGGGCUCUUUGAUACCAAUGAGGAGCUGGUGCGAGUGGGGCUGGCCAGCAACCCCUGGACCUGUGACUGCCGCCUUGCCUAUCUCCUGGGCUGGCUCCAGGGCUUCGCCGAGCCCCUCACCCAUGCACAAGCCUCCUGUGCCAGCCCAGCCGCUCUCCAGGGACGGUCCCUGCUGGAGGUCCCCCAGGGGCAGCUGCAGUGCCCGGGAGCACCCGGUGUCCCCCCGGAGGAGGGAUGGGAUGGGGAGGUGGGGGAGCAUGCUCCGGGGCAGUGCAUCUACAAGAACCCCGAGGGCACCGUAAGCAUGGCCUGUGAUGCCACAAGCUGCCAGCAGCUCAGCCUUCACCUUCCUCCUCCUCCUCCCAGGCAGGCAGCGGGGCUGGGGCCGGUGUACCAGGGUGCCUGGGUGUUGCACUCCCGCUGUGGCACACUGCAGGUCACUGUGCUGGUCACGGCACAGAGCUGGGAUGAGGCCACAUCGCCAGGUCCUCCCACUGCACCUCAUGUGAAACCAAGCCCUGCGCCUGGGCUGUGGAUAAAGAGCUGGCCAGGUGAUGGACCACCAUCUGGUGGCCUCGCUCCGGCAGCUGGACGUGUUUGCAAGUGCUCCACCAAGACAAUGUACCAGCAUUUCCUUUUCCUUUUCUUCCUUUCCUUCCAUCCCCAUAAAUGCCAAGAUCAAACCCUGAGUGAAGAUCCAUAUGAAAUACCCAAAGACUACCAGGAGAUCUACAGAGGGACAAAAAACGAUGUCAAAGAGAUCCCAAAGAUUGCCAAGCCUUUUGUUUCUGAGAUGAUCUUUGUGCAAACCAGCAUCACUGCUAUAAGGAAAGGUGCCUUCAGGUACAUGCCCAACCUGACCAAGAUUUUGUUUAUUGGCAACAAGAUCAAGACAAUUGAGCCUGGAGCCUUUGAUAAUUUGGACAAGCUGAAGGACUUGGACAUCUCUGGUGCCUUGUUAGAAGAACUAGCUGUGGGAACUUUCCAAAACCUCCCAAGCUUGCAGAGGCUGGAGCUGAGAGACAGCCACCUCAGAUACAUCCCCAAAGGACUGUUUGAUGGGCUGGGAAGUUUGGGAGAGCUCUCCCUGCACAUCAGUGCAAUCCCUUCUCUUCCAGAAGGCAUUUUUGAUUCCCUUGCCAAUCUAACAUUUUUGGACCUGGCCAGAAACAGGAUCACGACUCUUCCUGGGGAUGCCUUUAGCAAACUUGCCCAGCUGCGCGUCCUCCGGCUGUAUGAGAAUGAGUUGCAGGACCUCCCAGAGGGGCUGCUGGACAGUCAGACAGGGCUGCUGGAGCUCAACCUGCAGAGGAACAGGCUCAGGGAGCUUCCACCCAUGCUUCUGAGGAGCCUGCCUCACCUGGAGAAACUCCUCUUGGACAACAACUUCAUCAGGGUUCUCCCACCUCAGGGCUUCUUCGGUUUAAACAAAUUGAAGCUUCUGACUCUGGGUUCAAACUGCAUUACGGAGCUCCCCUGCUGCCUUUUUGACACCAUGGCAGACCUGCGGGAGCUGGACCUGGGCAGGAACAGUUUGGCCACGCUUCCAGACAGCAUCUUCAUCAACCUCACAUCUCUUGGCAAACUCAUCUUGUCCCACAACCAGCUAGCAGCCCUGCCAAAAGGAGCUUUCACUGGGCUCAGCAAGCUCUCAGACCUCCAGCUGGACACAAAUAAUCUCUCUGCUCUGGGUAAUGAGGUCUUUGCUUCCCUCCCAAAUCUGAAAACCCUCAACCUUCGGAAGAACCAGCUAGAGAGUGUUCCUCCAGGGCUUCUGGACCUCCUGAAGAAGCUCAGCUCAGUGUAUCUAAGUGGGAACCCAUGGAAAUGUGAUUGCAACCUCUGCUACCUGCACAGCUGGAUCCUAAGCAACAGUGAGAAGGUCAAAUUGUCCACCCAAGUGUCAUGCAAGAGUCCACCCCACCUGGCAGGGCAAGCAGUGACAUCGCUGAAGGAAAACCACUUAAUUUGCCCAGUUACUCAGCCUCUUUCAUCUUCUUUUACCCCAUCUUUGCCAUCCACCUCCACAUCAUCACAAGGGAUGUCAACCUUGCUGCCCACUGCAGCACCAACCACACUUUCAUUGGCAGCCUUUCCUGUCAUGAUACUGCCAACCAUGCUGUCACCUGUCGCCACUUCUGCCAUGUUGCCAUCCAUGCCAACAGAGACCUUCUUCACCACUCCAUCUCCAGCUAUGCCAUUCAAGGCCUUCAUGACUACACCAUCACUAGCUGUCCUUCCCGAGACCUCCAUCACCAUGCCAUCAUCAAGCAAUGUGCCCAAGACCUCCGUCACCACGCCAUCAUCAAGCAAUGUGCCCAAGACCUCUGUCACCACGCCAUCAUCAAGCAAUGUGCCCAAGACCUCCAUCACCACACCAUCAUCAAUGAAUGUGUCCAAGACCUCCAUCACCACACGAUCAACCAUGCUGCCCAAGAUCUCCAUCACCACACCAUCAGCUGUGCUGCUGAAGGCCUCUAUCACCACACCAUCACCAUCUGUGCUGCCCGAGACCUUCAUCCCCACUCCAUCACCAGCUGUGCUGCCAGAGACAUCCAUCCCCACUCCAUCACCAGCUGUGCUGCCAGAGACAUCCAUCCCCACUCCAUCACCAGCUGUGCUGCCAGAGGCAUCCAUCAACACACCAUCACCAACUGUGCUGCCAAAGGUCUCCAUUGCCCCUCCAUCAUCAACCAUGCUGCACAAGACUUCUAUCACCAUGCCAUCACUAGCUGUGCCAGAGGAGGCCUUCAGCCUGUGUCCAACUCCAGCCAUCAUAAGCCUACAGCCUCCUGGGGUCACCAGCCCAGAGCCUGCAUUGUCCUCUCUAGCUUCUGCUAUCACACCAGCACCAACCAGCCCACUGGCAGCCACCACCAGACUGGUGCCCACAGAGAGGCCAGUCACCAUCCCAUGGAGGACACCCAGCAUUUCCCUUGUCUCAGUACCCCCCACGGCACUCUCGCCACCACCCAGGGCUGCUGCUCCAGGCAUUGUCCCACCAGCCUCACACUCCCCAUCCCACCACGCUCCUGCACCAGGCAGAGAGCGGGACCAUGCCACCACAUGGGGCUUGUCCACCGCUGGCACCCAGCCCGCUCCCACUGCCCCACAACACACUCCCACUACUGCAGGCACCAUCCUGCCCCCGGUGCCUUCCGUCCCCCCGGUGCCAGACCAUAUGAGCCCCCGACCUCCCUUCCCGGCCCCCAGUAUCCAUCACGCCUGGGGCUUGUCCCUGUGGUCCAGCCCACACCAGUGCCGGGUGUCCCUGGCACUGGGCCUGGCAGCACUGGCACUGCAGGCAGGCUGCACACUGCUGUGGGGCAUGCUCGCCCUCCUCCUCCAACAGGCCGCUAGCCGCCGGGACCGCCCCGUGCCACCGGUGAGGCUGCUGAGUCUCCAAGCCCUGGCCACCCCGGGGUCCCCUGAGCAAGCCUGGGCACCACUUUGAGCUUUGUUGCCCCUGCAUGACCGGGGCAGUGCCCAUCGUCCUCUCUUGGGGUCUGGAGCCACGGGGUGCAUAUGUCAUGGGGUGCGUAUGUCAUGGGGUGCGGGCCGUUGCCCAGGGGUGGGUGUCCCAGCACCCAGGGUGUUUUUGGGUGCGUCCCAGCGGCCCCUGGAGAUGCUGUGAGCCCGGGGAGCAUGUGCGCCGUGUCUGCCCGACGGGCCCUUCUGCCAAGCGACACUAGAUGGCAUCACGACACAGGCAGUGGCUGUCACCGCCUGCCCAGGGCCACCGGGAGCAGAGAGGGCAGGGUGACCUGUGGCCCUCGAGGUACCGCACCAAAAUGCUGGAGACCGUGGACCCGGCCACCUGGAGACCUCUCUAGACCUCCCCGCAGAAGCCUCGGGGAUCCUGCCUGCAUCUCCUCCCCAUCCCUGGCAGGUACCUGUGGGGUGCGAGUGGUCCUUAGGGAAGCACAUCCCAAGGCUUCCUGCCUCACACCUUGGCUUCUUCCCCACGUGACGUUACCGGAUAUGUUGGUGCCUGUAUGUCUGUCAUAACAUUCUGACCUCUUCCCCUCUCCCUUUCCUCCUCACUGAUAUUAAAGCCUCCCCUGCACCUCUGCUGUGCACUGAA